CUGAGGGCAAGAGGCAGUUGGAGCGGGCAGUCACUACUUCCCCUGGCGAAGCUACUCAUUGAGCGGGUUCCUAACUGAAAAAUCCAGCCAGAAGGCAAACGUGAGACGAUCAAUAAAUAUGGAUGCAGAUAAUGGCAAAAAUCCGACCAGCAUCCCGUCCACCGACCCUAUUGUUACGAUGAAGCCGCUGAUGUUCUACAAAGUCUGCUCUGUGAUUGCAAAUCCCACGAAACUGAAGCCCAAGAAUUCUGCAGAACAUAAGAAGAUAAAGAUGGGUUUCAUGGCCAGCCAGCAAGAGUUCGACGAUAUCCUCAGGACCAGUGAGGUGCCGCUGGAUAAUAAGACAUUGCAGAUACAGUUGCGUUUCUGUGUAUGGCGUCACCGAUAUCCUCAAGUAGAUCAUCUCCCUCGACACCUGAAAGUCAAGGUCAACCGGAAAAAAUGUUUCGUUCUGAAAGAGAAAGAGUCCAAUCAGCGCCCCAUCAACAUCACGAAUCUGGUGCGUCUCUCAGAUGUGGAGCACAACGUCAUUAAGGCCACUUGGUCACUGACCGACAGGCGGGACUACGCCAUGUCUGUCUACUGGGUGAAGAAGCUUACCACAGCCGAUUUAUUGAAGGAACUGUGGGCUAAGAAAUUUUUCUCCGCAGACAAUACCCGAACCCUGAUCCAGGAGAAGCUGGCAGCCUGCUCAGGAAAAACCAUGACCAACAGCCUCCGCGUCUCCCUCAUAUGCCCUCUGGGACAGAGCCUUAUGGCCGUGCCAUGCCGCUCACUAUUCUGCUUCCAUCUGGAAAUUUUUGAUGCAGUCCAGUACCUGAAGAGAAAUAAGGAGAAGGAGACAUGGCGAUGUCCAAUCUGUGUCAAGAAAGCAAAUUUCAGGAAUCUGGUUAUUGAUGAGUACUUCCUUGAUAUCCUCAACUCCAGGCCCCGCUGUAGGGAGAUUGAGCUCCUGCCUGAUGGGUCCUGGUCCCCGGUAGGGCCCAGGAGAGACUCAAAGGAUGGCUGUGAUGGCCCUGGGCUCAGUGGCCUCCAAGCCCUACCACUUGACAGUGACAAGGAGAAUCUUAACACUGCCGCAGUAGAUGGCAGCCAGCCUGCCGUAAAGCUUCCGUAUCCGGCCGCCACGCCCACCAUAAGGUUGACAAGACCUCAGCAGCCUCCAACCCUCAUCUGGGACCCGCUCCAGGACAAGCCCUUCCAGCAGUCCAGAUCCCCCCUAUCUUCUCUCCAGCCGACCUCCACCAGUGGUCUGAAUUUGCCCUCUAACUAUAACUUUGUUAAAGAGCCCUGUGACCAGUCCUUCUCCACCUCUCAGCCCGGCUCUGACUACAGCCACCACCUGCCCUGGUACCCUACCGAGCCAAUGCCAACCUCAGCACCAGCACCAAACCUAGGCCCAGCCCUAGGCCCAGCCCCAUCCCCAGUCCCAGCUCCAGCCCCAGGGCCCUAUCCUGGUUGGCUCCCAACUCCACUCCCCACUGGAAUCUAUGGUCCCAGCAGUCAGCAGCCUUCUCCCUGUGGGCUUGGGGCAGAACAAGAGAGGGAUCUCCCAGCUUUGGAGCAGCUGGUCAGGUAUCAGCCCCCUGCACCGGACACUUUUCCCACAAUGGACCAGGUCUCCCUACCUGCCAGACCCAUGGGAAAUACUGAGGAGGGACUGCAGGGGUGGGAUGGGUUCAGCCCGAUCCCACCCACUAUGCACCUGGCCCCAGCCCAUCUGGGCACAGGAGCUUUUUCCACCCAAGCAAGUAGGGCUUCCCCCUCUAGAGUGAUUGAGGCUCCAUCCUCCAGAACGAGUGAAACUUCAUGCGCCAGAGCGAAUGAGGAUUCCUCCUCCAGAAUUCAUAAAGCUUCGUUAUCCAGAGCAAGUGAAGUUUUAUCCCCUCAAGAGAGUGAGGCUUUGUCCUCCAGGGUGAGGAGGACUAGGUCCUCCAGAGUCAAUGAGGCUUCUGCCUCCAGAGUGAGUAAGGCUUUGUCCUCUAGAGUGAGGGAAGCUUCAUCCUCUAGUACGGGUAAGGCUUUGUCCUCUGGAGAGAGGGGGCCUUCGUUCUCUAGAAUGAGUAAGGUUUCGACUUCCAAAGUGAAGGAGGUUUCUUCCUCCAGAAUGACUAAGGCUUCAUGCUCCAGAGCAAGGGAGGCUUCAUUCUCUAGAACGAGUAAGGCUCCAAUCUCCAAAGUUAGUGAGGCUUCAUCCUCCGGAGUGAGUAAGGCUUUGCCCUCCAGAACGAGAAAGGCUUCAACCUCCAAAGUUGAGGCUUCAUCUUCCAGAAUGAGUAAGGCUUCGUCCUCCAAGGUUAGCGAGGCUUUAUCCUCCAGAACGAGUGAGGCUCCAUCCUCCAGAAUGAGUAAGGCUUUGUCUGCCAGAAUGAGUAAGACUUCAUCCUCCAAAGUUAGUGAGGCUUCAUCCUCCAGAGCGAAUAAGGCUUCGUCUUCCAGAGCGAAUAAGGCUCCAUCUUCCAGAGCGAGUGAGGCUUCUUCCUCCAGAAUGAGUAAGGCUUCGUCCUCUAGAAUAAAUAAGGCUUCAUCUUCCAGAGUUAGUAAGGCUUUGUCCUCCAGAGCAAGUGAUGUUUCAUCCUCCAAGGCUAACAGUGGUCAGUCCUUCCAGGUAGGUGGGGCUGCCUCCAUCCUGGAUAACUCUGAGUCUAAGGACCAGAGCUGUCCGUAAAGAGAGGGGGACAAACUCCAUAGAUCCCCAUCCCUCCACUGGCCCCUCCUUCUCCCACCUUUCAGGUCAGUGGGGAAGCGGGAGUCACCCCACAGCCCCAUUCAUCUCAGGUUUAAAAUGUUCAUGUUCCCCCCACCCUCAAGUGCCACAUCUGGGGCCUGUUCUGGAAGCUCUUGUUCAGCAGGGUGGGAACGGGAAUGUGCAUGUGGUCCCGUUCUCUCCCUUCCCCACCCCCACUACCCCUCAUCCCUUCCCAUGUUUACUUGCCCUUUCCCCUCCCUUGUUAAUUUGUUGCUGAUUGUGGUUAGUGGCGGGGGCCCCAGUUGUAACAGUAUUGAAUUUGUUUAGAAUUUAUUGAACUUGGUUGGAAAAUAGUUGUUCCCAACACAUUGUUGUCAAGACAUUUUCACCAAUUAAUAAAAUGAAAAAUGUUCUAGA